CCCGGGCAACAUAUAAGACCCACCCAGGUCACACCUGGGAGCUGAGGGGAGGACAUCGCCUGCAGCAAGAUGGAUGUGGGCGGCAAAGAGGUCUUGAUGGAGAGUCCGCCGGAUUACUCUGCAGCCCCACGGGGCCGGUUUGGCAUCCCCUGCUGCCCGCUGCACCUCAAACGCCUUCUCAUCGUGGUGGUGGUGGUGGUCCUGGUGGUCGUGGUGGUCGUGGGGGCCCUGCUCAUGGGUCUGCACAUGAGCCAGAAACACACGGAGAUGGUCCUGGAGAUGAGCAUCGGGGGGCCGGAGGCCCAGCAGCGCCUGGCCCUGAGCGAGCGUGUGGGUACCACGGCCACCUUCUCCAUCGGCUCCACUGGUCUCGCCAUCUAUGACUACCAGCGGCUCCUGAUCGCCUACAAGCCAGCCCCAGGAACCUGCUGCUACAUCAUGAAGAUGACUCCGGAGAACAUCCCCAGUCUUGAGGCUCUCGCUCGGAAAUUCCACGACUUUCAGGCCAAGCCGGAAAUGCCGGCCUCCAAGCUGGGCCAGGAGGCAGGCAAUGGUCCCGCUGGCUCACCAUCAUCUGGGGACCUGGCCUUCCUGGGCCCCGCCGUGGGGACCCUGUGUGGGGAGGUGCCCCUCUUCUACAUCUAGGACCUUCAGGCCCGUGGACGCCCCUAGAGGACAGUCAAGACCACCCCCCAGCCUUAGCAGAGGAUCUUUGACAGCCGGACAGGAAGCUGCUGCUUCCCACACCGGGGGCCCAGGAAGUGGGGGUGGGGGGGGUUCCUGUGCGCCCGGGGUUCCCAGCAUAAAGAAUAAAGCAGCCUGAUUGAAAACAAA